AUGCAGGCCGCCGAGAGGCGUGCGGCGGCAGAGCAGUCUCUGGCAGAAAUCAAGGGAUUCAGGGACGAGGCAGAGGGAACAGAAAAAAUUCGAGAAAACCCGGGGUUUCUUGUCCCAUUCUUGCUUGGAUGCAGUACACAGAGCACUAAGUGCUGCAGCAUAGCAGUAAGGUGUCUACAGCGACUGAUUGCAGCGAGUGCAAUUUCAAGCGCAUCGCUACCGCCGAUCCUGGAGGCACUGUGCGAGGCAACAGUGCUCAGUGCAGAGAUUCAGCUGAAGAUUCUGCAGACACUGCCGGUGCUACUGACGAAUUAUACAAAGGAGCUUGGAGGGAUACUUCUUGGAGAUGUCUUUAAAAUAUGCUUUAUGCUUCAGAACAGCAAGUACAUAGUGGUUCAGAAUACAGCGGCAGCAACGCUUCGACAGCUGGUUAUUCUUGUCUUUGACAGGGCAGCACGUGAAGACAACGAAAAACAGGGGGAAACAGAGACGCAGCAGGCACAGCAGGAUGCAUACCACUUGAUGGAGGAUCUGUGCCUGCUAAUUAACGGGGACAAACCGAAGAUACUGCAUAUCCACCAUUUGUACAAGACGUUUGGACUGGAGCUAGUUGAGAGUAUUUUGACGAGCCAUCCAAGGAUUUUCCAAGAGCACGACAAACAAGUCAGGUUACUUCGUAACCUAAUGUUUCUGGUGCUUCGUCCGUUUUCCCAUAAAAGCGACUUUGCAAUAACAGUGAGAAGUGCCAGAAUUGUGUAUCUUCUUCUGCGCCAGCAUCUUAAAAAUCUUGUUGUAGAGGGGGAAAUUGCAUUUAGUUUGUUCUGCCAUAUUCUUAUAGACCAGCAAGAUAAUACUUGGCUACGUAUUCUGGUGAUGGAAGUGUUUAGAGGAAUAUGCACGGAUAGUGCACUUGUGCGCUUGAUUUACAAGUAUUAUGAUACAGAGGUUUCCCGUAAAAAUAUCCUCUAUGAGAUAAUAUUUUCUUUCAAUAAAUUGGCUAGAGAACAGCCAGGGCUGAUCGGCUUGAGCACGAAUGUUAUUUUUAGCGGUCAAACGAAUGAAGACGGUACAUACAAUGGCACAUAUGAGAUUCUUGGGGAUGUGGCCGACAUGUUUGGCGGCAUAUGCAGAAUCCUUGUAGAUCAAUGUCCACCCGGCAUUGAUUCAAAGUUAUCUACAAUCCGUACAUCUUGUAUUGACCAGCUCGAUAAAACAGAGCCGCCCGUGAUUCCUCCUACUUAUGUUUACUACUUAGUGCUUACAUGUUUAAACUCGGUCGCUGAUGGUAUUGCAAAAACAGUGAUUCCAUUUUUCAAACGAGGAUCCCUUCGGAAAUCAGCAGAUUCCAAAGUAUCUGCCAAAACGCAUGAUAAAGUAUCUCCACAGUCGAAAAAGUCUGAAAAAGUUUAUUCGGCUUCUAAUUUUUCACCCGAAUCUCAUGUGGAGCGUCAAGAAAUAUUUAUUUGUUCAAAAAUAAUUGAGCACAUGUGGCCUGCCUUUUUAGCAGCAUUUUCAACUUUUCUAUCUGCAUCUAUGUCAAUUGAUUUAUUUCAUAAUCUCGUUCGCUCAUAUAGAUAUUUUACCCAGGCUUCUGGAUAUUUGGGCUAUAAUAUUUCCAGAAACGCAUUUUUAACCAACAUUUCCAAGCUUUCAAUCCCACCUAUAUUUAUAGUACCGUAUAAUACUUUGCAUUCGAAUUUUUCGGCAAACAAUAGUCCUAAUAGUCGUCGAUUGAGCAUGGAAACCCAUACUAGUAGUACACCGGAUAUAAUUACCCCUUCUCGUUUAACACACGAUUCCGAUAACGCAAUCGUACUUACUUUGAAAAAUUUAAUUUGUCUCAGAGCUAUCCUAUUGUUAUCAAUUCAUUUAGGGAAUAAUCUUAAUGCAUCAUGGUCAAUCAUUCUUGAAACACUACGAAAAGUCGAGUUAACUAUACUCGAAAUGUCGAAAAAGAAUCCCGUAAAAUUUCCUUAUAGUAUUCUAAAUAUGAAAGUACUCGGCAAUAUUGACAAAAAGGAGGAAAACGUUAAUACUUUUACGAAAAAUGUUCUUAACGUUGACAUUCCUUCAAUACAUGCUCUUACUAAUAUGGCUUUCGAGAAUACUAAAACAUUUUCAGAAAAAAGCUUGUUAACCAUAUUAAAGACUAUUUGUGAACUUAGUACUUUUUCAGAAACAUUUGAAAAUAAUUCAUCAUCUGAAACAAAAGUAUUUUUCGAUAUUAAGAAAAACAUGUCUUCGGGUAAUUUUUAUAAUUACCAAGGAACUACUAUUUUUAAUAAAUCAGAUGAGCUAAUUUUUGUUUUUUACAAAAUCAAUCUAAUCUGUAAAAUUAAUAUCGAAAGGUUGUUUUUCGGUGCUUCAGAGAAAAAUGGUUGGGAUGUAGUAAUAUCAUAUUUGUAUUCUUUUAUUCAAUCACGAAAAGUCGAUAGUUUAAUUCGAAAACAAGCUGCUGAAGUAUUUAUUGAUAUUUUCAAAUCAAUAAUUGCAUGUCAUUAUUGGAAAAAUCACGAAAAUAAUGAUAAAGCUUUAAGAAAAAUGCUAUCUACCAUAAAUUUUCUUUCUAUAAAAAAUAUUAUGAAAGACACUGAUAUCCAAUUAUGUUAUAAUGAUCGUGCUAUUGAGUUAGAAAUAAUAGGUAUGCUGUUUGACGUUUUGAAUUUAUUUUUAAAUUCGUUGGGCCAUUUAAUUUCUGAAAGUUGGGACAUUGUCUUUCAAAUAAUUAAUUCUGUAUUCGUUGAUGAACAAUCUACUUCUAUUUCUUUUAAGGAAAAUCAUUCAGAUAUUUUAUUUUAUAAAGCAAGGGAAUAUAAAAAUUUAUUGAAAGAUCUAAAAAUCCUUAAAGAUUCAUUUAUUUCUUUACAAUUAAUAUGUACAGAUUUUUUGUCAGAGCUUUCAGCAGAUUUUUUCUUAAUUUUAAUAAAUACUCUUAGGAAAUUCUGUCUUCAAAAAGAUGAUUUAAAUAUUUCUUUAACAGCCAUUGGAUUAUUUUGGAAUAUAUCGGACAAUCUUAGGUCAAAAAAGUCUUUUGAAAACUCAAUCCAAAUAUUUAAUAAUGAUAAUGAACUAAGUUUUUUAACAACGUUAAAGGAUAAUAUUUCUGUUGAAGAUUCAUUAUGGAUAGUCUUAUUAUUCCGUUUAACAGAAGUAACCUUAGAUGAUAGACCCGAAGUACGAAAUGGUGCAAUACAAACGAUAUUUAGAAAUUUCGAUGUUCAUGAAGAAAAUAUGGGAAACAAUUUAUGGAAAUAUUGUUUUCAAAUGAUCAUAUAUCGUAUUUUUUUCAUAUUUGAAAAAAAUGUUUCCGAAAAUAAAGAUGAUAAACAUUUUGAACUUUUUAAUAAUAUAGAUAAGGCAUCUUUUGACGAAUCAUUGAUUUUAGUGAUAUCAGGUUUAAUGUCUCUUUUUUGUCAUAACCUUAAAACCUUUCUUUCACUUGAAACUUUUUCUGAAAUUUGGGAUAAAUUGUUAAAUUUUUUUUCGCAUUCUAUAAAAUCGGAUUCUAGUGAUACUUUUAUGCAUUGUUGUAAAGCUAUUGAUAAUGUUUUGAAUAAAAUGAGAUCUAUUGAAUUAGGUUCAAAUUAUAAUAAUUUGUACGCAAAAGUGUGGUCAGUAUGGAAUUUGUUUUCAGAUAUUAUAUCAUUAACCUACGAUGAAAAUUUAUCUAAACAGGAAGGAUUAUCUCAAGAAGCACUUAAUAAAUUUGUUAAUUUUACUUGCUCUUUAUAUAGAUUUAUGAUUCCUGAUAACGAUCUAUCUAUAAUCAAUAAAUUAAUCGAAUCUACAUAUAACGCUUUAACAUAUUCACAUUGUCCUGCUUAUUAUCUUGAUGUUGAUUUUAUGACACCUCUUCAAUCUAGUGUAUUAGAAAUAAUCGAUAUUUUGAAGGAUAAUAACGAACAAACAUAUAUAUUAUCUUUAAAGCAACUUGCAAAAAUUAGUACUCUUGCAUUCAACAAAAAUAUAUUAGAAAAUACAAUUUCUAGUCAAAAUAUAUCAAAGAUAAAUAAGAUAUUUUCUACAUAUAUUGCUAUUUCUAAAACAUCUUUCGAAAGAAUAGAAUUAUAUUUUUCAAAACAUUCUAAAAAUAUAUUAAUUUAUGAGCAAAAUGCAUUUUUCGAAAUAAUACAUGCGUUAUCUGUUCCUAUAAAACUUAAACAUAAAUGUCCAUCAACUUCUCGUAUUGGUAGUGGAGAGCUUUUUUGGAAAUUUGCUACUCUAAAAAUGCUCUCUAUUUUAGAAAAAUCUAACUUAAAAAUGGUUUUACCAAGUUCUAAUAUAGAAUUAUGGGGAAUAAUUAAUGAUUGUUUACAUGGAAUACUUUUAUUUGAUUAUAAUAAUAAUUCAAUGUCUUUAAAAGAAUCUGAUGAAGAUUUCGAUAUUUCUACAUAUACAAGAUUAAAAGCGGUAUUAUUUCCAUUAAUAGGAGAAGAUAUAGACACAUUAGAAAGAGCUAUUUAUAUUAUUGUCAAAUCAUCUUUUAUAUACAAUUGUUCCGAACAAAUUUUGACAUUUGAACAAUUAUCAUCUUUUUCAAAAACUCCGAAACUAGAAUUAGAAAAAUAUACGUUUCAAGAAAUCAUUCCUCAAAGAGAAAAGUUAGGUUUUAUAUGUCUGAACGAUUUGUUUGAUUUUUGUUCUAUAAAACAAAACGACAAUAGUUUAGAAAGAUCUAUAGCAACAACAGCAGGUAAACAUCUUUUAAGACGCUGUUCAAUGGUUUUACAACAAUUUAUAUUGAAUCAUCAAAUGAGAGGAUCAAUACCAAUGUCUCGAAUUGAGCGUGCAGAACUUAUUGCUAUAAUCCAAAAUCUUAAUAAUACAGAAUUUUAUUCUGACUUACUUGAAUUCGAUAACUCUUUAGAAAACAAUUCUCAAACACUUAGUAGUACAGAAACUUUAAAAAUGCAAAUAUUCCCUCUUCUUUGUACGAUCUUGCCUCUUUGUUAUCAAGAUCAAGAACUAUUAACACUAAUAUCUUUCUUUUUUCAAAAGAUUGGAAAAUCAAUUCAUAUUUAUCAAACACUUAUAUAA